AUGAUCAAUCUCCUCUGCCGCUUCUGUGAUCCAACCACCUGCUUCAUCACCUUUAAUAACCAAGCAAUCCAUGAAAUUGACCUACAUGACCAUCGCCGGCGUUUAGCCCUUGUUCAGCAAGAGCCUGUACUAUUUCAGGGUAGUAUCAGGGAGAAUAUUGCUAUGGGCUUGAUUGAUUCGAAUGAGGCAACAGAAGCACAGAUAGAGCAAGCCUGUAAAGAUGCAAAUAUCUACGGAUUCGUCUUGUCUUUACCUGACGGGCUUGGGAGUGAAGUCGGCCUUCGUGGCUCUAAACUCUCUGGCGGCCAACGCCAGCGUAUUGCUAUUGCUCGAGCUCUUGUUCGAGAUCCCAAAGUACUGCUUCUUGAUGAAGCAAUAAGUGCCUUAGAUACAGAAAGUGAAAAGAUGGUCCAGGACGCUAUAAACGAGGCAUCCAGGGGUGGCAAAAGGAGUAUAGUUGCAGUGGCUCAUAAGCUCAGUACUAUUCAAAGCGCUGAUACCAUCUAUAUCUUUCAGGCAGGGAGAAUUGCUGAGGCUGGUACUCAUAUCGAACUGCUGAGCAAAAAGGGUGAUUAUUAUAAGAUUUGCCAGGGACAGGCAUUAGAUACGGCUCUGGGCUAA